AAGCUGGGUGAAUCCCUGUAGCUCAGAGGUUAAGUGCCUUGCUCAGAGACACCUAAUCGAGCAGGCAGCGGAAGAGCGAGUACGAAGAGACCACCCCACCCACUUCUUCCUCUUCUCCCCCGUGGUUUCAAACUACCGACUUCCCUCCAUCACAGUUCUCAAACAGUCCCACUAGGGACAAAAAAAAGAAAGGAAAAAAGGAAAGACAAAUCAGGGAGACCCCCGUGCGCUCCUGGAGUAACUUGAAGCCUUGAUUCUCCUUUAAAUUUCCUCCGUGUCUGGAACUGCCACUACCAUCAGCAGCAGCGGCGCUGCUUCUUGAUGUUGUGGUCGGGAAUACGCAUGCGCCCGGCAUUGGAAUUACUGCACAGGCAAGAAUAAGUUGGACCUCGUCCGUCUUCACUAAAAAAAAAAAAGGAAGAAAAAGAACUCAUGAUUUAAGUAUGGCAGUGUUCAGAAUAAGAAGAAUGAGGUGUUUUUGCGUCUGGUUGCUCCCCAUCAUAGUGGCUGUGGUGUGCGCCCAAAGUGCCAGUGUCAAUGACCCAAGCAAUAUGUCUUUGGUGAAAGAAACGGUGGAUAGACUCUUGAAAGGCUAUGAUAUACGAUUGAGGCCAGAUUUCGGAGGUGCACCGGUUGGAGUGGGGAUGAAUAUAGACAUAGCCAGCAUAGACAUGGUGUCAGAAGUAAAUAUGGACUACACAUUGACAAUGUACUUCCAGCAGGCCUGGCGAGACAAGCGGCUGUCCUAUUCUGAGAUCCCGCUCAACCUGACCUUAGAUAACCGAGUGGCUGACCAGCUCUGGGUCCCCGACACCUACUUCCUCAACGACAAGAAAUCGUUUGUCCACGGUGUCACGGUGAAAAAUAGAAUGAUUCGACUGCACCCGGACGGUACGGUGUUGUAUGGUCUAAGGAUCACUACCACUGCCGCUUGCAUGAUGGACCUGAGAAGGUAUCCGCUGGACGAGCAGAACUGCACCCUCGAGAUCGAAAGUUAUGGUUACACUACAGAUGACAUUGAAUUCUACUGGCGAGGAGGAGAUAACGCUGUGACUGGGGUGGACAAGAUUGAACUGCCCCAGUUCUCCAUCGUGGAUCAUAAGCUCAUCUCCAAGAAUGUUGUCUUCUCCACAGGUGCUUACCCUCGGCUGUCCCUGAGUUUUAAGCUGAAGAGAAACAUCGGGUACUUCAUCCUGCAGACGUACAUGCCUUCUAUCCUCAUCACCAUCCUCUCCUGGGUCUCCUUCUGGAUCAACUAUGAUGCUUCUGCUGCCAGAGUGGCUCUAGGGAUUACCACGGUGCUGACCAUGACUACCAUCAACACCCACCUGAGGGAAACUCUCCCCAAAAUCCCGUAUGUGAAGGCCAUCGACAUGUAUCUCAUGGGCUGCUUCGUGUUUGUGUUCAUGGCUCUGUUGGAGUACGCACUGGUAAACUACAUCUUCUUCGGUCGGGGGCCUCAGCGCCAGAAAAAAGCAGCUGAGAAGCUGGCUACAGCCAACAAUGAAAAGAUGAGGAUGGAUCCCAACAAGUGGCUUGUGGGGAAUGUAGUUGGCAGAGAUGAUACUCUGUAUGCGAGAAUGAAACAAAGGGAUCUCGAUGGCCACGACUCCAUGUGGGAACCGAUCUUUGUGGAUGACGCAGCAAUUGGACUUGGCGAUCAAAAGAAUAAGAUGGACCCACAUGAAAACAUCCUGUUGGGCACCCUGGAUAUCAAGAACGACAUGGGCGUCUCAGAGCUGGCUCUGGGUCUCAAUGACCCACGAAACACCAUGCUGACAUACGACAGUUCCACCCUGCAGUACCGCAAAGCAGGGCUGGCCAGGCACAACUUUGGCCGAAAUGCACUAGAGCGUCACAUGACUCAAAAGAAGAGCCGGCUACGGAGGCGCGCUUCACAGCUCAAAAUCACCAUCCCAGACUUGACUGACGUAAACUCUAUUGACAAAUGGUCGAGGAUGAUCUUCCCAACCGUUUUUUCCUUCUUCAACAUUGUUUACUGGCUUUAUUAUGUCAAUUAAAAGAGAGGAAAAAAAGGGACAUCAGUGAGGGCAAGAACAAACAGCAAGAUAUGUUGCUCAUUUUCUUCUUUGUAUCUGUUUUGUUUCAUAUUUAUGUGAUCUUCUAACUGAAGUAAUGCAUUCAGGACUGGAUCCAUCAUAUCGUGGAAUACUACAUUUUGCUGGCUAACACAUGAAAACCUUAUAGAAGAGAGAUUACAAAACAUAUAAGGUGCCUGUUCCUGAGUAUUUGUUUCAAAUGUUACAUAUUUUGUGAAUUGUGUAUCUUGACAUUUUUUUAGACGUUUGUUUGCAUUUUUUAUGUUUUUGUUACAUUAGAUUUACAGGAAGAACAAAAAAAAAACCAAUUAAUUGCCAAAACAUCAUAUCAAUUAGAAGCUGACGUUAUUUUGAAUUACUUUCACUGAUACCACUUAAAAGUGCUGAAGCAAGAUUCAGGUCAACAGAGAUUUCUAAGACUAAUUACAUCAGAGAAAUAAAUCUGUUGAAUUCAUUUCAUGGUAAUAAUAUUAAGGCGUGACAUAAAGGCCUGCAAUUCACAAUUUACAAUACCUUUUUUCUAUUGUAAUGUACUGGGGGCACUACUUCAUUUAUUUCUAAGUGUGAUCUCAGUUAUUUUUAAUACAGUUAUUAUGAGUAAUAUGAACUCGAACCUUUCCAAAAUUUCCAGGUGUUAAUUCAUAUUGCACUCAACAGACUUGUUAAAAUGUAGUAAUGUAAAGAAGCAGAAAGCAAAAUAGAGCCAAUUUGGAUUGUCCGUAAUGUCCACUAUGUCGACCUCAGAACAAAAUGUGAGAAAGAAAAAGUCUAAUAUUUAUCUUUAGCCACACUGGCUCUAUCUAUAUAUUAUAACUAUUAAUAUGUCUUUGGGGAAGAUUAUAUGUGGAGAAAGUAGUUUAGUAUUUAAGCAACUUUAUAUGUAAAUAUCGAGUGUAUAGCAUUUGUUAUAGGGAUAAUACAGCCCAUGAAAUUCCCUUUUCAGUUCUUUAAUCUCACUUUCUUUUUUUAAUCAGACAUUGCUGAUUAAAAAUUGCCCACAGUUGCUAAAAAAGGCACUUUAUUAACUAUGAUUAUUCUUUUGUGGUUUAAGAAAAACACAGAUAGCGAAGCUUGAAAGGACUCGAGAGGUCAGAAUGCAUAAAAGCACAAAAAUCAUCAAAUCUCACCUACUUACACUUUCAUUUCAAUAUUAUUUUUUGUGAUGAUAAUUUCUCUUCUAGGUUUAUAUGCUGUAUCUGCCUCCCAAGCCAGAUUUUUUUUUAUAAUUAAUACAGAUUCUUAGUAAUGUAUUGCAUCCACAUUGAAAAAAUAGAUCGAUAAUCACAAAAGGCGUUAAUUCAAAUGUAAUUUAUUGCAGAUAAUUACAGAUUAUUUACUACCACUGCUGUGCUUUUGACUGUAUGGUCACAAGUUGGAUUUUAUAAGUGGUUUUGCACACGACUCCUUCAAAGCCAUAGAGGCUGUACCGUAGUUCUUCUAAUACCUGGUGCUUACAGGGAGUUGUCUUCAGAGGAACUUUAUUAUUGAUAUUAUCACACGUUUCAGUUACAACAAGGUUAAAAUGUCAAAACCAAACAUAGGGCUGAAAUACACCAGAGUGUCAUAUCCCCCCCUCCCCUCUCUUCCUCGUAGAUCAGAAACACUGUCCGAAUGAAUGAACUGCGGCGUUACGGCCUCCGGAUCAGUCGUCAGAGAGUGAAACUGUCACAAGUUAGAGGGCCAGUUUCAUUACAAAGGAGGUCACAAUGAGUAGCAAGCGUAAACAUGAGCAUUUAUAAAGGAAAGAAGAGAACCUAAAACAAAAACUGGAAACUGGAGCCUUCAUCUUCUUCGCCUCACAUGCUUUUAUUGAGUUUGCUCAAAGCAACAAAGAUCUCAUCACAAAGGCUUCAUUGAAUCCUCAAACAUUAAUAUUGUAAUGUUUAAUUAAAGUAUAGCCACAUGACUCACUGCAUGCUCUGUACAGUAGUAACUCCUUCUGUUUUGAAUCAUCCUUUCCUUUCUUUCCAUUUAUGCUCUUUGUGUUUACCUCGUCUCACAAAUUAGCAUAUAUAUAUGUAUGUAAGUGCUGAUUUAAAUAUAUGAAAAAGUGUGUCUGAUGUUACAAAUAUUGAUAUUGAAAAUGUUCUCUGAAAGGCAUUUAACGGUAACAGUUCUGACUGUUUAAAGAACUUUCACAAGCACUGCCUGACAACUAAACUUUAACACUGAGCACAGUUCAAAGUAACAAAAAAAGCCCGGUUCAGUCAAAUCUGUGGACAUUUUCACCUCACUGGUCACUUUCACAUUGUGUUUCUAGUUCACAUACUAAGUGGAUUGUUGUAUUUUUUGAAUAGUCUUGGCGAUUCUUCUUAUCUUCUCUGUUUCUAAUAGACUUUUCUUUCCAACUUUAUUUUGUAAGUGUGCUUAAAAUUCAUUCAAAGGGGGAUCAAGUCAGUGUAUCCAGAGUUCUAUUUUAAAAAAAAAAAUCAUUAUUGGCAUGUAAAUAUCAGAUAGUAUAUUAAUAAUAAUACUAAUUUGGAGCAUAUUAUUCGUGUAAAUAAGUACCUAUGAGCUUUCUACAUAACAAAUAAAAUGAUAUUUCAGUAUAAUUUCUACCGCAGUGAUAUGAGAAUGCGAAGGCUGAUGCAAAACUUUGUAAAUAGUCUAUUUUACAGUGUCACCUGAUCACUUUUUUGUUUCUCUUCGCUCAUUCAUCGAAGCACACGUCAUCGUCGUUUAUUUUUUUGCCAAAAUGUAAACAUGUAUUCAUGAAUGUAGUUGAUAUUCUUUUGCAGCAUGUAUUUGCGGUGAUGUGUCAGCAAAAGUGUAACGAUUUUCUUGUACCAAUGAUCAGCUAAAUACAGCUUAAUGUAUGCCACCUUUUCAAAGACACACACACACACACAUACACACAUACACACACUCACUCAACACUAAGGGUGAUAAAAAGGCAAGUGAUGCCUUAAUAUCAAUCCCAAAUUCAACCAUCUCAGGUCAGCACAAUUUACACUACUAACAACACCACAGAUUCAAUAAUUGUACUGAAAGAAAAGUAGCUUAGUGAGCUUGUUUCGGAUGUUUUCUCGACAAUUUGUUUGGUUUCUCUGUUUACCACACAUCCCAUGAUACUGUAUACAGUACACACUUACAGUACUAACAGUAUGGCACAGUUCUUCAGCAUAGGCGGAAUAUGAAACUCUUUGUAAAGUCUCGAAAAAUCCACCUCAGCCAUAGACGUGUCUGAAGCUACCCGAUAUAAAUAUCUUUCUUAAUCUUCUGAAUAAUACUGUAUGUGGUAUGACAUGGUGUGUCUGAGUGUGAGAGUGUGUAGUCGGGUGUAUGUUGGCCAGACACUAAUGUGUUUUCCAGAGCACACUGGCAACUGGCAAGAAAGUUCUGCUUCAUAAGUUCUACACUUUGGAUAUGUGUUUGUACUUCACAGCGCUUUUUGGUUUCAGAUAUUUUUAUACUUAUAUAUUCCAGUGUAAAAAAAACAAAACUGCAAACAUUGUUGUUUGGCAAAACCUUGUACACCCAAUUUUGGCAAUUUUCAUAUUUAUACUAUACAGAAUGAUUACAUCGUCCUCUAUGGGAUACUGAGAUCUUGUAUGCUAAUGAAAUCCUUUCAUAAUACCUUGUGUAAAAUUACAAACAAAUAUAUAAUAAUACAUGGUUGUAGAUGGUUUGAAAAAGGCUUUUUUUCUUUAUUUCUAGAAAAUUUUAGUUUUUUUUUUUUUUUAAAUGCAUCAGACAGCAGAGUCUUCUCGGGAGAGUAGGGACAGACUGACAUCCUAAAAGCCUAAAUGACACAUCUUGGUGACAGUGUAUGUUUGCACACACUCACAGAAGAAGCCUUAGCCUCCUGCUGCCCUGGGCUUUCACUCUGAGCAGCAUCAAUCCUUCUUACCCUCUCAACACCCUCCACCUUUGGAAAAAAUAAAAAAUAAAAAAAAUCCUUGUAUGUGCCACUCACGAGAACAUUCCCAGAAAACCCAGAGCUGUACCCUUCUCAAAGAUAAGCCCUGUAAAAGUCAGUGUCUGUCUUUACUAUGAAAAACCAAUGGAAAUUAAUACAUUGUCAAUAAAUAUUGUAUACAGUUCUAAA